CGACAAGACAGCAAUUUUUCUCGAGCGCAGCCUUUUGAUCUGUCUGUUGCAAACCUGCACGUUGCAGGCCUGCAGUGCAACGCACCCCGCAUGUGUGUGGACUGAUCCAGCGUUCUUCGACUUUCUAAAAAUUCCCGCGAAUAAAAUAACCUCCUGAAAUUAUCAGAUCACGUCCCAUCGCCUGACAAGUUGGAUUCUCGUCAGAAUUUCUUCUCCCUCCUCUUCCGCAGAAUGGCGCUUGCCGUAUAUCGUCGUCGACCGUCGAACGCGCGCUCCCGUUCCAACUCCAACGAUGUCGUUAUGCAAAAGUCCUCCAAGCCUCGCACGAUGUACGACUGCGUUAUUGUGGACGACCGGGACAGUGAAACGAGACCGAGCCCGCGAUCCGGCCACCGCAUUGUGGCUAACGACGGCUACAUGUACUGCUUUGGGGGAUAUAAUCCGGCCAAUCCUCACCGUUUUGGCUUGUUCCCUGAACUGUGGCGUCUGUGCCUAGCCACCAACAAGUGGGAACACAUGCCCAACGAAAACUGCCCCGAAGAGACGGCAUCUCACUCAAUGAUCUUGUUAGGGAGCAACUUAUUCGUGUGGGGCGGCACUGGAUUCCCUUUUGGUGAGCGCUGCAGUAACACCCUCAACUGCUAUCAUCUCGGCAUGCAGAAGUGGCACCAGGUACCUGCAGGCGGUGCCAUUCCCAGCGCGCGCUAUGGCCAGAGUAUGACAUUCAAGGAUGGACAGCUGUACGUUAUCGGCGGCACAACGGGUUACAAUUACAGCAUGAUGGUUCACGCUAUGAAUCUGGAGACGCUGGUGUGGGAAGACCCUCAAGCUAAUCGUGGAACCUAUCCUGAGUGGGAUCAUUACACCCCCGAACCACGCUAUCGCCAUGAAAUCGCUACCAGCGGCAACCUGAUUUACGUCCUGGGCGGUGGUACGGCCCAGACGGUAUUCAACUUCGAAGAAAUCCCCGCAUUUAACGUCCAGACCAACCGGUGGACAGUCCUGACCAGCCGCCCCUGCCCCGUUACCGGCACCUAUCCACCGCCUCGCAAAUUUCACGCCGCUGUUCAGCACAAAGACUUUGUCUAUUUGUGCGGCGGCUUCUCAGGACAGUUUGCCAUGUUCGACGACAUUUGGCGUUUAAGUCUCGCUGAUCUCCAGUGGCAGAAAUUGACGCAGCGACUACCUCGACCGAUCUAUUUUCACAGCGCGGCAGUGACACCGGAAGGGUGCAUGUUUGUGUUUGGAGGUGUCAUUUCGGAGAAGGGAGACUGUCGGUCUAACGAGACAUUCAAAAUCUGGCUGAAUGUUCCUACCCUGCAAGAGCUGGUCUGGGAUUCGAUUACCACGAAGUACCACAAAGUGCUGGCCAAGCACGAUCAAGAUGAUCGCGACCAGUUGACACGUCUGGGACUUCGGUUGCCACCAAAGUUUUUUGGGCGUUUGAACGCCAAAAACAGUGGCAUUUACAAAUGAAGCCGCUGUUAAAUUCGUAUUUCUUUAGAGGAAAUGAGAUGUAUCUUGUUAGUUGAAAAUACGUGAUAGAGAGUUCUAGUUCAUACUUAUUUCUUUGAUAUUACUUGGCUGUGCUAAGUAUAAUUAAUUAGAUUUGAAAUUUGAUCCGCACUCUGUUAAAUGUACAUAGUUUUCCCUGCACAAAUUGUAAUGAAUUCACCUGAAGGCUGUCUGCACUUCACUAAUCUGACCAUAAAUGAAUACGGCCCCUGU